CGCUUCAGGUGAGGAGGUCGCGCCGGAAGUGGGUCUGGCUGUGGCGACUGGGUUUAGAGAGGCACCUGGUACGGAGUUUUGUUUUUAAGGGGGCGCGGCACCACCCGGCUCUCUCCACCUUGCUUUGAAGCCGCCAUGGCGAAAGGUAGAGUCGCCGAACGAUCGCCGACGGGGGCACUCCACCCAACCCCAGUGGGGGACCAGGCCACUGGGGCGCGGGGUUCUGCGGCCCCGGGCGGCGGAGACCAGUUGAAGGAAAAAGCCUGGGCAGAAGCUGGAUCAGCAAGAAUGUCACUCCUUAUAUUGGUGUCCAUUUUCUUAUCUGCAGCUUUUAUUAUGUUUUUGGUAUAUAAAAAUUUUCCUCAGCUUAGUGAAGAAGAAAGAGUGAAUAUGAAGGUUCCCAGAGAUAUGGAUGAUGCCAAAGCUCUAGGAAAAGUUUUAUCCAAAUAUAAGGACACCUUUUAUGUACAAGUGCUUGUAGCUUAUUUUGCUACAUAUAUUUUCUUGCAAACAUUUGCUAUUCCAGGCUCUAUUUUUCUCAGUAUACUCUCAGGGUUUCUUUAUCCCUUUCCACUAGCCUUAUUUCUUGUUUGUUUGUGUUCUGGACUUGGUGCCUCAUUCUGCUAUAUGCUCUCCUAUUUAGUUGGAAGACCAGUUGUAUACAAAUACCUAACAGAGAAAGCAGUAAAAUGGUCACAGCAGGUGGAACGUCAUCGAGAACAUCUUAUUAAUUACAUCAUAUUUUUGAGAAUAACACCAUUUCUGCCUAAUUGGUUUAUUAAUAUUACGUCUCCAGUGAUAAAUGUGCCAUUGAAAGUUUUUUUUAUUGGCACUUUUUUAGGUGUCGCACCUCCCUCUUUUGUAGCAAUUAAGGCAGGAACAACACUGUACCAGCUUACAACAGCCGGGGAAGCUGUUUCCUGGAACUCAGUAUUUAUUCUGAUGAUUUUGGCUGUUCUUUCUAUUUUGCCAGCCAUUUUCCAAAAAAAACUAAAGCAGAAAUUUGAGUGAAAAAUCAUCUAGGUUUUAGUUUUACUAUCACCAUCACCACCGUUGUCGUCAUCAUCUCAGGAUUAGCAGGUGCAUCCAUUUAUGUUUUAAAAUCUCUUCAUUAAUAGAAUCUGUAAAAUAAAAUUUCCCAUGCGAGACAUUUAAAAUAAUACAUUUAAGUUGAAAAAGGAGCAGAGUAAAAUGGGAAUUAGCAUACUAUGAAAAGCACUGUCAUCAAUAGUUAUGAUAGACAUAAAUUACUGUAUCAAGAGUAGUUAUAGAUAAUUAGUAGUGGUUUAGUAGGAAAUUCUUGAUCUAAAUAAUCCAUUCAAUUUUUAAUGUUUUUCUCUUUUAUGUCUAAAUAAUAAUAAAAUAGCUAGUAGAGCUUGGUGUGCACCUGUAAUUCCAGUUGCUCUGGAGGCUGAGGCUAGCAGGGGAUUGUGAGUUUGGGGCCAGCCUAGGCAACUUAGCCAGACCCUUUCAUAAAAUAAGAGUCACAGUUCUUGAUAAUGUUAGCCUUCUUUCAGAGCAUAAACUGGAUGACUAAAGCUUGAAAGAGAUUUAUAUUUCCUUUCUCUUUUUACCUUUGAGGGAAUGAAUUUCUUUAUAGAGAGCGUAUCCUCAUAGACUAAUGAAUAUAGAAAGAACAUCACGUUACCUAUUUUGUGAAUUUUAUUUUUUUCUGCUCUAGAUCUUUAUCAUGGAUUAGUCUAGUAAUUUAAAUUCUGGCCAGUCUGUUUCCAUCCUUUUUUCUAGGUUUUACAGUAUUUCUGCUGUGCAAAUUGAAGAUUGCAUAACUGUAUCAUAUUGGUGUUGAUAAUGUACAUUCAGAUAUUUUGUUAUGGUGCCUCCUUAGUAUCUCAAAAGGACCUAAAAACAAACACUCAAAGAUUAUGGUCUUUUAGACAUUAUAAUAAUUAUUUAAUUUGAAACAAACAGUGGCAGCACUGCACUAGUGGUUAAUACAGUUUAUUGAUUCCAAAUGACUGUAAAAUUUACCUCAUUUAUUUAUUAGUCUGGUCAUUAAAUGAUGUAUUAUAUAAUCAUCCUUUUAAUGCAUGAUACAUCUGUAAGAAUGCCUUGUUUUGUUUCUAUUGGUGGCUUUUUAUUUGGGACUGCUUUAGACUAAUGCAGUUUCCCAACAGAGUUUUUUUACUUUUCUAACUCGCAAAGUGAAUUAACUUUUGACAUGGUAACUAUUAUAUUUGAAUGGUUCUGGAAAAAGUGACUUCUUUUUGCUGCUUGGUAUGCACUUAGUGCUUGAUUCUAGGAUAGAGCCAGUCUAAAGUACUCCCUCAGUUUUACCUUCACCCCAAGAAUGUCGUUACGUUGAAGAAGUGCUUUAGCUGUAUGAGAAAUCCUGAUAUGUUUUCAUUCUGAGAGGAGUGAUCCUCCUCAAAGCCUGUUUUACUGCAUAAUAUGGACAGAUUCAUUUUUUUCUGUCACAGUAUUAACAAAUGGAUGUAUUGUAAAUACAAAGAAAAUAUAUUGAUUAAUAUAGUAGUCAUGUCACCUGGCCUUUUGUUUAUGCAAAAUUAUUUAUUGUUAUGUCUAGUAAGGUUUUCUUUGUUAUUGACCAGAGACUGAAUAAUAAAGCUUUUGUUAUUUUUACAAAUAAAUUUAAAACAGCCUUUGGGGACAAAAUUUACUAAAUAUUACUGUGUAAAAUGUAUGAGUCAAUUUUUUCAGACUUUUAAAAAUAAAAGAGCUCGAAUUCAGGAGAAACCUCACUAUUUACUCUGGUGGGUACCUUUCUAUUCUCAGUGUUUUCUCUUUUCUUACUAUACGUUCUUUCCUUCUGCUAAUCUUUUUUUUUUCCUGUUAGAAGACUGUAGCUUCCACUUUAGGCUAUUAGUUUCUCCCAAGAUAAUAACCAGUCUUUCCAGAUUUCAAUAUUGACAUUCAAGAAAGAAGUCUUCAGCAGGUUGUACUCUGAAUACAGAUGGUGGCCUAUAUUUACAGUGCCACAGGCUUGGCCAAAUGUAAAUUCAAGUGCCAGUCCCUUUUUUUUUUCUCCUCCCCUUUUUUGGUACUUAGGAUUGACCCAGGGGUUUGCCCAUGUUGAGCGUGCACUCUACCACUGAGCUACACUCCCAGCCCCUUCAGCCACAUCUCGAAGACAGGUGCUUAGUAAUAAAUCACCCUUCCAGGAGAGAGCAAGCAUCUGUAGUAGAGAGGCAAACAGGCUAACCAGGAAGUUGACAGGAAAAAAGUAAUACUGUUCUGGCCUUUCUCUGGAGCUCUAUUACUUUGAAUGUAAUAUAACCAAGGAACUUAAUAAGUGAAACUACAAUGUGAUAAGUCAUCCUUGAAAGACUUGGAUAUUUUAGGAUUUAUUUCAUGGAAGUAGUUACAUUGAAAAACCCUCAUUGAAUAAAAGUAUCUAUCUCUUGAAAUUCUUUUCUUAUGUCUUGAAAUUCUGAUGUACAUUUUUACCAUUAAGAACAAAGAAAAAGAACUUGUGGAGUGGCUCAAGUGGUAGAGUCCUGCCUAGCAAGUGUGAGGCCCUGAGUUCACCCCAGUACCAAAAAAAAAAAAAAGCCUUUAAUUAAUUGAUUUUUGUGUUGCUAAAGAUUGAACCAGUGCCUUGCACAUACUAGGUAAACACUAUCACCAAGCUGCACCUCCACCAGCCCAACCAACCUUCAAUUUUUUAAAAUACUGUUUCCUUUUAUUUAUUUAUUUAUUUUUGGCGGUGCUGGGGUUUGAACGCAGGGCCUCACACUUGCUAGGCAGGCGCUGUUACUGUGUUUUAUUUUAUUUAUUUAUUUUGAGACAGGGCCUUACUAUGUAGCCAAAACUGGACUGAAACUCAAUGUGUAGCCUAGUCUGUGCUCACUGAUUUAUAUUAUGGUAUUAUAGUGAGAAAUUAAUAGCAAAAAACCAAAUUUGUCUAGUAAACACAACAUCUAAACUGUGAAAGAUGUAAAAUCUUGAAAUUGAAUAAUAAUAUGCUAUAUAUUAAAAUUUAUUAAAGUUCAUAAAUGGGUUUUUGUGUGAACAUAGUCUUCAUUUCUCUAAUUCCUGAGAGUAUAUGAUUG